AUGUCUGCAGCAACGCUAAAACCAAAUCUGGAAUCCAUUUUAAUGGAUAUCAAUCAAUACAUAAAUAUUGAUCAACAUCGUGAAAUCUAUGCAAAUCAUUUUGAAAAAUUGAAAAUUGCGAUCUUUACACGUCUGCGUAGUGCAGAGCCGUUUGGGUAUCUCUUUAACGGCUAUCAACUGGGAGGUAGUUAUGGUGACAACUUGAAAGUCACAAUACCUAAUGAAUUCGAUUUGGUAUUCCAUAUACGUUUCCCGAAAAAUGAGCUUAUUAUUGUUAAAAAAGAUCAUGAGAUACCGGGAAAUGUUCAUUUGGACUUUACCAAACUGUUGGAGAAAAUACAGCACAAAAAAGAACAUGAAACUACAUGUAUAUAUCUCCGCAAAUGGUUGAACGCUGAUAAUUGUUUGAUAGUGAAAAAAUUCCAAUCAUAUUUCCAAAGUUGUUUUACCAAAGCCCUCGAGGAUAUGGAUUGGCAUUUCGAGAAUACACAAUUACGUUACCACCGAGCAGGACCUGCGCAUACAAUUAAAGUCAACAGCUUGAAUAUGCAAUAUUCAGUGGACUUUGUACCUGGUAUAUUGAUGGAUCAGGAGCAGAGUGUAACAGGGACUAAUGUUGGCCAAUGGGAAGCCAUACCGAAACCAAUUAAGGGGGCCCCCAAGCGUCAUACAUCGUUCCACACAUCAUUUUAUCGGCAGGAACAGAAGCUAAUAAGCGGCUGUAACAAUUUGAAGAAUUGUUUGCGUAUGAUGAAACUAUUUCGUGAUGCCCAUUCGAAUAUGAGCUGUAUGAAGAGUUAUUUUAUCAAAACAUUAUUUUUGUGGAAAGUCAGGGAGACGCAGAGCAAGGAUUAUUGGAAUAAUUCAUUGUCAAUAAUAAUAUUGGAUGUAAGUUGA